CCGUCCCAGUGUGCGCAGCGGCGCGGCGGUCGGGCCGGCCGGGGGCGGGCCCAGGCGGAGACCCUCACGGAGUGGGAGCCUGCGCCCCGCCACGGCUUCCCACAGCCCCCAGUCCCCCUGCAUCUCGGGUGCCCAGGGGUGGUCGGCGGCCCGGGGGCGGCCGUGGUGGCGGGAAGAGCCGGGGCGGGGGCGCCCAAGGCAGUGCUGCAGGUCCCAGGAGCCCGCUUCUCAGCGCACCUGGUGGUGAGCAUCAUCGCCCUGAGGGAGAGAAGGCGAGGAUAGGCCCAGGAGCAAUGGCGUCCAAAGAGCAACAAGUCAUAAAAGAUCUCGCGGUGCAGAAUGAAGAAAAAGAAAACAAAAAAGGGAAGGCCUCCAAGCAAAGUGAAGAAGAAUCCCACCACCUGGAAGAAGUUGAAAACAAGAAGCCUGGGGAAAAUGUCAGAAGGGGACGAGUCAGGCGACUUGUGCCUAAUUUUCGAUGGGCCAUACCAAAUAGACAUGUUGAUCACAAUGAAGGGCGAGAGGAUGUUGGGAAGUUUGUAGGGCAGGUGAUGGAAGUCAAGAGAAAGACUAGGGAGCAACAGAUGAGGCCAUACGGGCGUUUCCAGACACCAGAACCUGACAAUCACUAUGACUUUUGCCUCAUACCUUAGAAAUUGAAGGUUUUCUCUGAGCUCAUAAAGUGGCUACUCUUUUACAAUCUUGUACUUAGUGAAGUAAUUUUUCUGUAAACUUUUGGUGUUUCCACUUAAUAGUUUCUUCUUAAAGAUUGUUUUACUGUUACGUUAAAUUCUAAGCAUUCCUAUAAGCAUGGCAAUUUAAUCCAUUUUAGAAAGAAAUCUUUUUUCAUUAUUUGAAAUUAAUAAAGCAAUUUAAAAGGUAGUAUAUGAUCAGUCAUUUUCUUUUACCCAAGCCCUUACAUUUCCUUCAUAGUGUCUUAACUGUCCCAGCUACUAGGACUCAAAUCUAUUGUCACUGAUAAUUCUUUUUUUUUUUCCAUGUUUCCAAUUAAUCAGCAAGGAACAGCCAGCCAUACCUUUGAUUCAUGAUCUAAUAUUCUAAUAAUGUAUGUCUAGUGUUUUUCAAAGAGUAUGAGCCUAGUAUCUUUAUGAAAACUCCUUGGGAAAGUGUUUUUAUAUAAGACCUCUGGCCCUUCUCCACACUCAUAAUGUAGACUUCCAAAACCUUCAUUUUAACAAGAUGCCUUGGUAAUUUUGAGGUACUCCAAAGUGCUAUUGGCAUGUGUAUAUACAUUAGUAUGUAUAUAUCAUAGAUUAAGCACUGACAAAAGCAGGAUGAAUAAUUUUAGUAAGAACUAUUAAAAAGUACAAGGUCUUACACUAAUUACAAUAAUAGGGGUUAUGACAAACUGGAGGGUAGUCACUCUGUGAGCCCAAGUAUGGCUGAGGGAAACAUCCUUCUUGAAUGACCUAUAGUUCUUCACCCUUAUCAGUAGUUUUAACAUCUAAGGUCUCACUUUUUAUCCUUACUACAACCUAUACAGUCUGAUACUUCUGCUUUAUACAUGAGAGCCCUGGAGUUGAGAGCCGCUAAGUCUUGGGUAUAUCCGACUGGGUGGAUUUAGCCUGGGACAUUUUGUAUGGCACCCUCUCUUUGAGAUGCAGAAUACUUAAUUUGUAAUUGACACAAGCUGAGGAAAUCAAAGAAUCAAAAAUGAAGCUACAUUUCCCUUUAUAUCUCCAACAGACACUUUAAUAGAACACUGGGACAUAAAAUUAUAUUACAAUAAUAAUGAAAAAGGCUAUCAAUUUGGAAAGGAGGGGUAUGGGUGCAUGGGUUAGAGAGAAGACAGGAAGGAAGGAGUUAACAUAAUAUUAAAAUUUUUAAUAAAAUCUUAAAAGAUACUUCAGUAUUAUUCAAAGUAAGAAUUACUGCCCAUUAUGACUCAUGAAAAAAGUUUAUGCAUCAUAAAAAGCAGUUAAAAUCAGAGUCUGGGUAUUUGAGGUUUUAUCUCAUGGUCAAACUCUCCUGCAUGGUAUGUACAAAGCCCUGGGGUUAACUUCAAACAUCACAAAAUGAAGUCGGUCUCCCA